GCGGGGCUGGGCUUUCCCAACAGGCCUGUCCCUGAACGAAGUGGCCGCACAUGACACCGUGAACCCAGGAGAUCCAGCACGCUACCUUCACCCGGCAGACAUCCUGAAGAUUGACUUCGGAGUUCAUGUGGAGGGUAACAUCCUCGACAGCGCGUUUUCUGUGAGCUUCGACCCUGUACACGACGAGCUCAUGCGCGCUGUGCAAGAAGCCACGGAGACCGGCAUCAGGAAUGCUGGCCCAGAUGCCUGGAUUUCAGACAUCAGCAGCCAGAUUCAUGAGGUCAUGGAGUCCGGAGAGGUUCAUCGCCCGGAUGGCAAAGUCCUUCGAGUCAAGACGAUCAAGAACCUGACGGGCCACAUGAUUGGGCCGUACAAAAUCCAUGCUGGAAAGUCCCUGCCGUCCGUCAACACCGGUGGCCAGGAGCGCAUGCUUGCCGGAGAACUUUGGGCGGUCGAGACGUUCGGUUCUGUGGGUGGCUUCGGCUAUGUGGGCAAUGGAGGCAACUGCUCCCAUUUCAUGCGCUCCUCUGGUUCCGCUCCGGCGCAGUGGCAAAGGACAAUGCUGAGCUCCAGCGCUCUGAAUUUGUUGGAUCUCAUAGAUCAGCGCUUUGGCACCCUGGCCUUUUGCCCUCGCUGGAUUCUUCAAGCUCAGGCCGCCCAGCAGAAGAAGUCGAAGCAGAACGGGAACCACCAGCGCUGGUGGGCGUCGCCGUUGGACGAACUCUGCAAUGUGGGCGUGGUGAACAGGUACCCACCAUUGGCAGAUCUGCGUGGGUCCUUCACUGCGCAGCUGGAUGCUCAGUACGAGCACACCAUCUUGCUUGGCAGUUCCAAGAAGGAAGUGAUGCUCUCAGUCACGACUAUUGAGAGGGCAUUGGUUGAAAACUUCUCCAAAGACGGAAAAGAGCAGCAUCACGGCAUCACGGUGAGGGGCCACUGCAAGACCAUCAUCACUGGUGAUGGAAGGGGCGGCGAGGGCGGAGGCAUCAGCACGUUCAUGGGUCUUUACCCAGACAUCGACGUUCUCACGAGAGACAGGAAUGGGUAUGUGGGGCACCCGUACGCGUUCCGACUUUUCGCAGUUGUCGUGGGAAAUCUGCUGAUUUUCAAGAUGAACGCUGCGUACCAGCGGUAUUGGGAGGCUGCGGGAGCCUUACAGUCGAUGGCCGCAAAAUGGUUGGAUGGAGCCUGCAUGGCUGUUACCUUCGAUGCCGGAGGUGAUUCCGACCAUCCAUAUCUGAACGGCAGCGAGUGGCACAGGAGCGCAGAGCCUGAUCCCAACACCGGCAGCAAGGGCGGCCCAGAUCAUGCCGAGUAUGUCCAGGACGUGCUCCACUUGUGUAGUUUGCUGCAUGCGGUGACGCUCCAACAUCUCCGGAGAGAUGGAAAUCUGGACAACCUGGUGCCCUCCAAACUGGGACCCCGGCACACCGUGCUGCCAAACAGUCCGUCCUUCUGGUCGGAGAGGUCAAUGUUCUCUCCUGAGCACAUCUCAGACCUCUACAAAAUACAGAAGCUGCCGGUCCUGGGUGGCUUACGACCUGAGGAGAAGCUGGCCCUUCAGACGGACAGCAAAGGCCAAGAGCUACCGACAUGCGCACGAGCCGCCAUGGUGGAGGGGUGGUUCAUGCGCCGCCUCAUCGGUCGGCAAAAGUUCGAGCAAGGCGAGACUUCGAAGACCUCGCCCCCGAUCUUGAGCCGUCUAUACCAGGUGAUCUCGGAUGGCACCCUGUGGUCGUACACAGCCGCGAAGAGUUCGGAGAUUCCCUUUCCAUUUCCUUACCAGAACUUCGUCGAGGUCAUGGUGUGGCUCUUCAGCUUCUUGGCACCAGUGGUCAUCAACGGGAUCAUCUUCGAACAGUUCCUGAGGACCGUGGCAAGCUUUACCGUAGUGCUCUGCUUCCAUACGCUGAAAAACACGAGCGACGUCAUGGAG